UCAGCCGCUCGUUCGCUCGCUUUUUGAAAUCGGUUCGUCAUCGUUCGUCUCUUUCGUGUCUGCGCAAAACAGUUAACAGUAACAGCCAUAGCCGCGACGCCAUUGCCCGUGUGUGAGUGCGCCCUUUCAUUGUGUGCGUGAGUGUGCAAAUUGCGUAUACGCCGCGUGUGCUGCGGCUCAUGAACUUGUAGAACUUUGAAACUGAUUUCUGAACACUGAACUUAAAUAGUUGUUGCACUGCAAUUGAGGCUGACCUUAAUGUUGUCAUAACCUUUAGUGCCUGCUGAGCAAUCUGCUGACAGCCAACGCACGAGAUACGAAUACGUGUUUCGUAAAUGCCAGCAAACAAAACGAAGAUAAAGAAUUGUAUGUGCGCAAUGUGUGGAUAUAUAUUUUUGGAUACACUAAACCCCAUUAACUUUUAAAAUAAAUGCUUGAUUCAAGCUGAAACAAGUGGAAUCGGAACUCAUUUCAAGAACGCAAUUAGCAACAAAACGUGAAAUUAGUGAAAGCAAAUACAGCCAAAGCUAUAAGAGAGAGAGAGAGAGAUAUAGAGGGAGUUGGCGCUUUUUUAGCUGCGUGAGAGAGUGCAGUGAGCAAGAGAGAGAGAGAGAGAGAGAGGGCGUGAUAAUCGUUAUCAGGCCUGCAGGUAUCUACCGCCUACGCCACACAUUCACUUGGAGCGCAAUGGGCGACGAAGAUCUCAGCCCGCUGCCGUUUCGGCGAGAGCGUAACUUGAGCAAUCGGAACUUCAACAAGCGCAACUCGCGACGCCGCAGCGGACAGUUGGCAGAGCUGGAGCGUCACAGUAGUGCAGUGGACGCGGAUUGCGGCGGACAACGCGACAGCAACGUGAGCAGCAGUUCGAGUUCCUUUCAACUCUCCUACUCGGUCAACUCGGAUACGGAGAGUGCGUUCAAUCGACGCUCUGUACUUAAAAUGCGCGCAGCCAGCGAAGACACGGCAGAGCCGUGCGAAGCAACCAUAGCACAGACGCCGGAUCCGGCCUUGUUGGAUGUGCGUCAGAAGGUGCAGCGAUUCGAGACGCUGAAGACCACGAUCAGCUAUUUGCGGCAAGAACGUCUUAGCCUGAAGCUGCUCGAGAAUCGUCGCCAUCCCAGCUUCUCACAGUACACCAAUCAGGUUCAAAUUCGAACUCCACCCCCGCCACGGCGCAUUGCUCUGCCAGGUCUCAACUCCCACACCAGUUCUAUAUCCAGCAACCAUCUGAGCAUUGAUGAGGUGCGCUCCGAAGAUGAGGUCGAUCAGAUAUCAGACUUUGAAACGGACCCCAACACAGCGGUCGACUACGUGCUCAGCGAGACCAGCUCCGUUGUGCUGCCCGCCAGCUGCACGGAUGAGGAUGAAGUGAAAACCCAAGCGGUGCAGCGCUCCCUAAGCGCGGAUCCCACGAAGGUGCGCCCUGACAAAGAUUUCCCAAGAAAUUAUCGUUCAAGCCCAAGAAGGAAGACUGAAAUUAUUGCCACAACAAACCAUCAGCUGGUUGACAAAUUUCAUUCCGUCUAUCAACCUAAAGAGGAAGAGGAUGAGAUUGAAAUUGAGCUGCGUGAUAAGAGCGACAAGUGUGUGCACCCCAUACUCGAGGAGCUCAUUCAUACUGAGGAGACCUAUGUGAAUAACUUGUUUACGGGCCUCGAGAACUAUGGCAAUAUAUUUCAGCGCAAGGAUCUGCCCCUGGGUCUGCGUGGCAAGAAGUACGAUCUCUUUGGCAACAUUGAGCAAAUCGCCGAAUUCCAUCGCGAUGAAUUUUUGCCCAUGCUGCAGCGAAAUCGUCGCGAUCUGAAGCGACUCUUUGAUGAGUUUCUAGAGUUUUUGGAUCAAAACUGUUUCUAUGGCUAUGUGAUCUUCACGAUGAACAAGCAGAAAUCCUUAAAGCUGUGCGAUCUCUAUAAGAAUUAUUUUACGAGCAUACGUCUGGAGCGCGAUGAUAAGCUGGGCAUCAACAGUUUCCUGGUGCAGCCCAUACAGCGCAUGGCGCGUUAUCCUCUGCUGCUAACGCAGUUCAUCAAUACAUUCUUUAAGAAUCGUGAUAUCGUGAUGAAGCCAUUGAUUGAGUCCUGCUGCCGCCUGGAGAAGCGAUUGCGCACCUUGCUGACCACCACCAAUGAAUCGGAGAUCAUCAAUGAUAUCGUGGACUGCAAUGAGUUCAAUGUGUAUUACCAGGGCAAGUUCCGUAAGGUUAGCGAGUUCCAGGUGACGGAUCACAAGCUGAAGCGUAGCUAUCGUGCCAAAGUCUUCAUAUUCGAUAAGUGCAUCAUUUAUACGGAGAUCAAGGGCAAGCAUCUGGUAUUCCAUGGUCGUUAUCCCUGCGAGCACAUCGGCAUAACGACCAAAACCAAGUCCUUUACACUCUACUAUGAGCGGCGCAAGCAACAGGAGUGCGAGUUUAGCGCGGAUCCUGCACAGAUACUGCUCUGGCUGGAUCUCAUCCGCGACAUGAUCAACAACUAUGCCAACGAGGAGCGGCAGAAGCUGCAUGAGCGCUACGGCCGCGAGCAAGAUCAUCUGCAUCGCAAGGCACCAAGUCUUUCGCUCUAUCGUGACUCGAAUCGCUUCAGUUCGGACAGCGGCAUUGGCAAUAUCUGGAUAAUGCCCAAGCCGGACGAGGAUACUACCAGCAAUCGCACCACUUGGUAUGCAGCCACCUAAGUAGCUCCGAGAGCGACUGCAUUCCACCUACCCCCUCACUGAACUGGUAUAUAAAAGACAUACUAUGAGAGUGUUCAUGUGUCCAUGUGUCCAUGUCUAUGUCCAUGUCCAUGUCGAGAUCACGUCAGUCGGCGCUGCACAAUUGGCUGGACCUGAAUGAGCCCGUGCUGUCAGUCAACUUUUAUUGACGUUCCACAGUUAAUAGUUAACAGUUGGCAAAUGUUUAUUAUAUACUAAAUUUGUUAUGAUUAGUUACGUUUCACAAAACCAAAAACAAAAACAAAAAUGUAAGAAAAAUCGGUUUAAGUCUAAGGCUGAAACACCAAAUAUUGUAAAUUAAGUUAAUUCUAGUAUUUAAAAAG